AUGCCCUGCUUCAAAGGCCUCGCUGUGAGCAUACACACUCCCAAUGGGCCUUUGCCAGAAUACUCGGUACAGAGAACCUCUCGACUCUCAAGAAUCAGUGCCUACAUCCCGGUGCCGCCUGCGCAAAUUCCCGCCGACUCUCUGACCGGCAAACCCGAACAGUCGACUUUCGCCAUCUCUAUCACCCUCCUCACUCCUGGCCAGGAAGUGCCAUACUCCACUCCGAAGGCUACACCAGAUAAUGCUAAUCCAAAACCUAAACUUGUGGGAGGACUUCCUGGUCACACAAGCGAUCGAGGAAAGUAUACAAGCUCUGUUGGGCCGUAUGUCCCCUUGACAACUUCGCCGAACGAAACUAUCGCCGCCUACAUCUACUUCGAUGGCCGAGCCAAAGAGGAAGUUGCCACGCUGCUAAGGAAGGGUGAAGAGACCUGGGUGAAUUCUCGAUGGGUCAGCGUCCCCGAGAAAGAAGGAGGCGGUUUGGCAGAACGAGAGUUUUUGUUUCGUGAAGUUGGCCUCGAGCGGUGGCUGAAUGGUCUAGACCUCGACGGUAAAGAUGCAGCGGCAACCAUUGAGAGACGCAGACAGAAAUUGGAGAAGAGACGAAGAAAGCGGAAGGAGACCACUGGGAGUGAAGACGAGUCCAAUGGAGUGCAGACGAAAGAUAGAACAAAGAACACCAUGCGCUACGGCGAAGGAGGCGAAUUGAAGGACGUUUCGGAUGAUGAAGAGUCUUUAAGCGACACCGGUUCUUCGGAAGAUGAUGACGACCCGAUACCAGAGGCAGCAGGCCAGAUUAAGGUCGCCUUGUUCCGGGUACUAGCUUCGGGAGAGAUCAAGCGAGGAGAAUAUUCACCUCAAUUCGAUGCGCAUGAUGAUUCGGAAGGUUCAGACGUUGGAGAAGGCGCCGGUAAUGGAGAGGGCAAGAAUCGGGCAGAUGUCGACCACACCACCAGUUUUGCUAAACCAAAGACCUUGGAUCCCAAAACCAUCUCGACACAAACGGUGACUGGUAUUGACCCCACCGACAAACCUUAUGCGGUCUUCACGUUCCUUUACCGAGGGGAACGUCAGUUGCAAAAGAUGGGCAUUCUUGCCGGAGCCAAAUCCGACAAGACACCCACCAACACGAAGAGACGCAGCAUAGCGGCAGAGCUUCCCAAGCUUGGACCUCUCAAGAAAGAGGGAACUGCCGGGUUUUCUAACUUCCGCGACUCGGAAGGACGACGGAGCCGAAAAAGCAAAGGGACAAGCGAUGAUGAGAUGGAGAGUGAGAGUGACGAUGACGCAGCCGGCAUCAUUGGCAGGAUGGAAGAUAUCAAUGAUGCGGAUUCAAAGAAGGACCCAAGCAUGCUUACUCCUGAAGAUGCAGAGCGAACAGGCCAAGUUGCAGAAGGUAUCCGUAAAAUGAAGCUCAAACGACAGCAUUCGGCAGAACCGCUCAACAGUAACGGUGUGACAGAACCUCGCAAGAGCUCGAAAUCGGGUAGCCCUUCGGGUAGUUCGACCCCCAAAGCUGGUGUCGUUGAGCUUGCAACGUCGCCGGCGGGUACGAGCAUGGGGACGUCCGGUAUGAGCAGCAGCCUGGACGUCCAAAAAGAUGAUGAUAGUUUCAUGGUCGGCAGUCCGAUGAAAAGACAGCGAGCAAGCAUCGCGGAUUUCGAUGAAGACAUCAAAAAGCGAUUAGGUGGUGGCCUGUCCACGUCUUCGAGCACUAUCGGCGAGAUCCUGGGGGCUUCAGGACCAUCUCAAUCGGCUGCAACGCAUGCCAAUCCUUCUGGCCUGCAAUUCGGUGGCCCACUGAUCAAAGAACCAGCUGCUGACGACGAAGAGCUCUGA